UCUCGGACAUUUCACCUCGGAUUAGUUCCCUGUUAGUCUAGAUAAGACUUUUAUUAGAUAAGACUUUUAGUGAGAAGCUAUUGGUUUUAGGUUCUCUGUUGUUUUGUUUGUCAGAAGUUGCCUUUAUUUAAUACCUACUUGAAAGACAGUUGCCCUGAGUAUAGAAUUCUGCAUAUAUAGUUCCUCUCGGCUCACUAUUUCCUGGCUUUCACUGUUGUCAUGAAGACAAGCCCAAUUUCAUUGUCAUUCCCAGAUGAAUGCAUCUCUUCUUCUGCUACGCUGAAUCUGAUCUCACCAAAACUUCAGUGUGAGUCGGAGGCACUGUGAUCUCUCUGGAAGGGUUGGGAACAUUUUCAGUUAUUAUCACUUCAAAAUAACUUCUCUGCCCCUUUGUCUCUCUGUUCUUCUGGAAUCCCUUUGAUGUGAAUACUAGAUUUCCUUAAAUGGCCUUGGGGAACCACAGCGCUAUCACUGAGUUCAUUCUCCUUGGACUGUCUGCAGACCCCCAUGUCCAGGUGCUAUCCUUUGUGCUGUUCCUAGCAAUUUACCUCCUGACUCUGCUGGGGAACCUGACAAUGAUGCUGGUGAUCAGAGCCGAUUCUCACCUCCACACUCCCAUGUACUUCUUCCUGAGUCACCUUUCUUUCCUAGAUUUUUGCUUUUCUUCUGCCACAGUACCCAAGAUGCUGGAAAUUCUUCUUUCUCAGAAGAAAACAGUCUCUGUGGAAGCCUGUCUAGCUCAAGUCUUCUUUGUGUUUGACUUGGGGGGCACUGAAGCCUGUCUGCUCUCAGUUAUGGCCUAUGACCGCUAUGCUGCCAUCUGCCACCCUCUGCUCUAUGGCCAGAAGAUGAGCAACCAGCUCUGUAAAGGUCUGGUGUUAGGCUCCUGGAGCCUGGGUUUCCUGGACGCAUUCAUCAACAUCCUUCUAGCUAUGGAUUUUGACUUCUGUAGGGAUCAGUUUAUCCCCUCCUACAGCUGUGAGCUGCCCUCUCUCUUUCCCCUUUCCUGCUCUGAUGUCUCCACCAGUCUCACUAUUCUGCUCUGCUCCAGUCUCCUGCAUGGGCUGGGAACCUGUUUCCUAAUCAUACUGUCUUACACGCUCAUUGUUUCUACCAUCCUAAGUAUCAGCUCCUCUUCACAUAGAAGCAAGGCCUUCUCCACCUGCUCUUCCCACCUCACUGCAGUGCUCCUAUUUUAUUGUUCAGCUUUCCUUCGCUAUAUAGUGCCAACCUCAGGCUCACCACUGGAGUUGGUCUUCUCUGUACAGUACAGUGUGAUGACUCCCUUAAUGAAUCCCCUUGUCUAUAGCCUGAAGAACAAUGAGGUGAAAGCAGCUAUGAAAAGGACCUUUAGAAAAUAUCUCCAUUGCUAGUGACUAAAGACAGGAGAUGAUGAAGAGUUAUCAUACUAUAGCAGGAUAUCUUGUUAGUUGACAAUAAAGUAAUUUCCUGAUUAUUCCAAUAUUGGAUCUGCGGAAAGCAUCUUAAAAUUCAUAAAGGUAUUUGGAGUACAGCCCAUAGGUUCGUACUGAUCUUAGGACCUGGCUUCACCCACCAGUGGGUGAGCAACAGCAUGAAGUCUUCUUGACCCUGACUUCAUCCACCAGUGAACCAGCACGUUAGCCCCACCUGGGAUUAGUGGGAUUGAGAGUCACUCACCUCAUGACUGGUCUACCAACCAGUUACUGGCAGCCUCCACACAAGACAGGGCCUAGAAAACAACCAAACCAAAGUCCAGCCAAGCCUUCCAGACCUCCCACAUCAUCAGCCUACCACAACAGAAGGACCCAUUCAGCACUCAUAGCGGGGAACUAUAAGGUAUAUAGCUUGGAUGAGGAGAGGGUGGUGCACUACUGCAUGCAUAGGAUGUCUCCUACAAAAGGCCGCUUUUCCAGAGUUGGGAAAUGCAACCAAAAUAACAGAUACACAAAAAUACAAAUAGAAACAUAGGCAAAAUGAAGUGACAGUGUUAUAUGUUUCAAACGAAGAAAGAUAAAACCCCAGGAAAAGGACUAAAUGAAAUAAGGAUAGGCAAUUUACCUAAGAAAGGAUUCAGGGUAGUAAUCAUAAAGAUGAUCAAAGAGCUUGG